CUUAAAAAUCUGAUCAAAACAAAAGUAAAAUCAAACAACAAACGAACCCAUCUCAGACUCGGAUAGAGCUUAAAGCUUCUCUCCUCUGCAACUGCAAUGGCACAGUUCACUGCCCAAGGACGCGUCAAGUUGCUCUUCAAUGGUGGUGAUGGAGUCUCAUUUGGGAUGGAACCCAGUGACCCAUUUCACUUUAAGGUCAGAUCAAUCCAACCCCACAAGCGGAGGCUCAAGCUCUCAGGUUCUACUACUCGUCUUUACUCCUCCUCCUCCUCUUCUUCUUUCUUAAAUAAGCCCACAGAUUUCAGUAGCGACGACCAUUUGAAUGCUGGUGAUGAAGUUGCUGGUCGUGGUUAUGCUGAGGACGACGAUGAUCAUGAGUUUGCGAGGGAUGAGUUGUCUUGUUUCAGAGGUCUAGUCUUGGAUAUUUCUUACAGGCCAGUCAAUGUUGUCUGCUGGAAGCGUGCGAUUUGUUUGGAGUUCAUGGAGAAGGCCGAUGUACUAGAAUAUUAUGAUCAGACUGUAAACUCCCCAAGUGGAUCUUUCUACAUACCAGCUGUCUUGAGGGUUCCACAUUUACUACAAGUAGUUAAGCGAAGAAGGAUUAAGAGCAAUCUAAGUCGGAAAAAUAUAUUGUACAGGGACAAUUACACAUGCCAGUACUGUUAUUCUCAAGAGAACUUGACCAUUGAUCAUGUUUUACCAGUUGCACGUGGUGGCGAAUGGGAAUGGGAAAAUUUGGUUACUGCUUGUUCCAAAUGCAACUCUAAGAAAGGACACAAAACAAUGGAAGAAGCAAAUAUGAAGCUGAUCAAAAUCCCCAAGGCCCCAAAAGACUACGACAUACUUGCGAUACCACUUACAAAUGCAGCCAUAAGAAUGCUGAAAAUGAGGCAGGGAACUCCUGAAGAAUGGCGUCAAUAUCUAUCGUAGCCUUCUUCAUCUUCGAGACCUUGCCAUUUACAUUCAUUUGCUCUGUACAUCUUCAGAUAUUUCUCUCAUGGAGAUAAAUAUCUCAGACGAAAGAAAGGCUUAGAAAUUACAUGUAUAGCAACAAGUGCUUAACCACCAAUGCUAAUGUAAGAAUUUAAAACAAUAAUUCGUGUAUAGAAAAGUGCUUAUUUUAUAAAGUAUUUGUCUCUAACUUUAGUAACAGUA